GCAGGGCGGCUCCUGAGGCCUGGCACGGCGCCUGCCUUCCUUUUUACCCCCGCUGCGCUGCUGGGCGCGCUCCUUCCGCCCGCGGCCCCACCUGCUGCGGAGCCGCCCCGCGAUGCUGCCAUCCAGAAGGCGGCGGGGCGGCCUGGCGGGGUGCCGCGGGGUCCGGGGUGCGGCUGUCACAUAGUGCCGGGGCGGGGCGGGCAGGUGGUACUGCGGGAGCGGGCGGACAAAUGCGACAUUGGGGAGCGGUGGCUGCGGCUGCAGCGUCGGGCGGGAGCGGCUCCUCCCUCCACUCCCCGUCGCCGCCGGCUCCCGAGCGAGCCCCCCCGGCUGGCGCCGGAGCCGGGCCUGGCAUGGAGCUCCCCGCCGAGCUGGUGGAGAUGCCCAGACAGUUCCCCAAACUGAACAUAUCUGAAGUUGAUGAGCAAGUGCGACUUCUAGCAGAGAAGGUAUUUGCUAAAGUCCUCCGAGAAGAAGACAGCAAAGAUGCCUUGUCACUAUUCACUGUGCCUGAAGACUGCCCUAUUGGGCAGAAAGAGGCCAAGGAAAGGGAACUUCAGAAGGAACUGGCAGAACAACAGUCUGUGGAAACAGCAAAAAGGAAGAAAAGUUUCAAGAUGAUUCGAUCUCAGUCUUUGUCAUUACAAAUUCCAUCUCAGGAAUGGAAAGCACCAUCAGCCAUUCCUACUCUGUCUCCCACAACACCAGUUCUUCAAAGUGCUUUCCUGCCAGUCCAGCUGCCAUACGACGUACCGGAGUUUCAGAGAGUUUCAAUUAGUGGUGACUACUGUGCAGGGGUUACAGUUGAUGAUUAUGAGCAAGCUGCCAAGAGCCUGGUGAAAGCUCUUCUCAUUCGAGAAAAGUAUUCCCGACUUGCCUACCAUCGCUUCCCAAGAACGACAUCCCAGUAUUUGUGCAGCAUGCAACAGGAAAAGUGGAAGGUUGAAGAUGAAGUGUGUCCACAUUUUCAUUCACCCCCAGAAGAAAAUGAAGAUCCUUACAAUCUUGAUGAUGCUCCAGACAACUUGAAUUAUGUUGUCAAGAUAAGAGGUGGCAUUCCAUAUGUUUAUGAUAACAAAGAAAUGAUGGAAGUCAAUGAGCCUCGGAGCCUGCCCUACCCUGACCUGGAGACCUAUACCCUUGACUUGAGCCACGUUCUUGCUCUAAUUGCAGAUGGUCCAACAAGGACAUACUGCCACAGCCGGCUGAACUUUUUAGAGGGUAAAUUUAGUUUGCAUGCUAUGUUAAAGGAAAUGUCUGAGUUGAAAGAAGUGAAGAGCAAUCCCCAUCGAGACUUCUAUAAUGUGAGAAAGGUUGAUACUCAUAUCCAUGCUGCUGCUUGCAUGAACCAGAAACACUUACUGAGGUUCAUUAAGCACACGUAUCAAACGGAGCCAGACAGGAUUGUUGCAGAGAAAAAAGGCAAGAAGAUGACCUUAAAGCAAGUCUUUGAAAGCCUUCACAUGGAUCCAUAUGACCUUACUGUAGACUCUUUAGAUGUCCAUGCAGGUCGUCAAACAUUUCAUCGAUUUGACAAAUUCAAUUCCAAGUACAACCCAGUUGGUGCCAGUGAGCUGAGGGACUUGUAUUUGAAAACCGAGAACUACAUUGGUGGUGAAUAUUUUGCUCGUAUGGUCAAGGAGGUAGCCCGUGAACUAGAAGAAAGUAAGUACCAGUAUACAGAACCCCGAUUAUCCAUCUAUGGACGGUCUCCAGAUGAAUGGCUGAACUUGGCAAAAUGGUUCAUUAAACAUAAAGUCUAUUCCCCUAACAUGCGCUGGAUAAUUCAGGUUCCCAGAAUCUAUGACAUAUUUAGGUCAAAGAAUAUUCUGCCUAGUUUUGGAAAGAUGUUGGAGAACAUCUUUGUGCCUUUGUUUGAAGCAACAAUCAAUCCCAAAGACCACAAAGAAUUACACCUUUUCCUCAAAUAUGUGACUGGCUUUGACAGCGUUGAUGAUGAAUCCAAACAUAGUGGCCAUAUGUUCUCUGACAAAAGCCUUAACCCUGACCUCUGGACCAGUGAGAAGAAUCCCCCAUAUAGCUAUUAUUUGUAUUACAUGUAUGUCAACAUCAUGUUGCUCAACAACCUUAGGAAGGAAAGAGGCAUGUGUACUUUCCUGUUUCGACCUCACUGUGGAGAAGCUGGGUCUAUCACACAUCUUGUGUCAGCCUUUCUAACAGCAGACAACAUUUCUCAUGGACUGCUCUUAAAGAAGAGUCCUGUCCUGCAGUAUCUUUAUUAUCUUGCACAAAUACCCAUUGCCAUGUCUCCGCUUAGUAAUAACAGCCUAUUCCUGGAGUACUCAAAAAAUCCACUACGGGAAUUUCUACACAAGGGACUUCACGUCUCUCUCUCUACAGAUGAUCCUAUGCAAUUUCAUUACACAAAGGAAGCACUCAUGGAGGAAUAUGCUAUUGCAGCCCAGGUGUGGAAACUAAGUACCUGUGACUUAUGUGAAAUAGCAAGAAACAGUGUGUUACAGAGUGGAUUGUCUGAUAAGGAAAAACAGAAAUUCUUAGGGGUUAACUACUGUAAAGAAGGGCCAGAGGGAAAUGACAUUCGUAAGACAAAUGUUGCACAGAUCCGGAUGGCCUUCAGGUACGAGACACUGUGCAAUGAACUGAGUUUCCUGUUUGAUGCUAUGAGAACAGAUGAGAUUUCUACACUGUCCAAGUAGUUACAAACUCAAACCACAGCGUUUCACUCCCAAGCAGAAUGAGAUGCUAAUUAGCAUCAAAUCAUCUGUUGCUGAUGCUACAAAGAAAUAACUGAACAUUAUGGAGAAAAAUAGAGUAUCUAUGAGAGGUAAACAGCAUUUGCUGUUAUCUUUGCUGCAUUAUUGUCAUUGCAAAAAUGCCAGUUUCUACAAACAGUAGGCUUUGUAAGACCGCUGUAAAUAUUAUAUGCGAAACUCAGAAUCAUGUGUUAUUUGUUUCAUAUUGUCUUUAAUGUGCCCUACACUGUAGCUUGCAAAACUAUAUAGAGAUUAUUCAUAAUGCAUCUGUAAGAUGCAUUUUAGGAUACUGCAGAAACUGAAAGAAUACACACCUGUAUUUGUCCUGCCAGUCUCACAGCAAUCUUGGCAUUUACCACUUGGAUGUUUAACCCUUUAUUCACUAGCAGCUGGUACAGGGUGUGCAAUUUUGAGGCUGCCCUCACAUUCUGAAAGGUGUCCUGACCUGAUUUUUACCUUAACAUUUCAGCAGUUAAACUGGAAAACAAGAAAACUCAGAAUAUAGUAGUCACAUUUAAUGACUGUUUAUUUACUUCCUGUUGUAGGAUGGCUGCAAAUAACAGCAGACUAAAGGUUUUUAAUUUUAAUAUGUAGAAAACACAGUGUCAAAAUCAUCGCUAUUGUACACUGUAAUAACAAGUGUAAUUACAUUAUGAAAGCUCUGCACUGUUGGUGAAGAACAUGUUUUUUAUUGCUUUUGAAUCAGAGUAUGUUGGUACGCAUAUUUAAUUCAUAAUUAUUUGGAAACUUACGCAGAUAAUUCUGGUUGCAUGUAAAGAGAAAUUUUGUACUUUAACAAAGGAAGUGUUCUUAUGAAUCAGCGGUAGGAACUGCAGACCUGGGAUCUGGUCCUACUUCUGAUGGCUUUUUACAAAUUAGAGUUACUUUGUAUUUUAGUCAAUGACAGAGAUGAGUGAGAAGUCACAAACUGUCUAUUUAUACAGAAGCUAGCCCACUUGAAAUAGGUAAUUUUUACUCAUUUUAUGUUAAAGCUUUUUAUUUAUGAUGGAGCAGAUAGUAAAAUAGAGCUACUGUAGUAUUUUUCACUGUACUUUUUCUUUUUUUUCCCCCCAAAUCUGAAUACCCUUCUUAAGACAAACUAUUACUUCACUCAGAAAGGAGUAAAAGUAAUAAAAAUCAUAUGAGUGUAUCUUCAUAUUGUAGAACCUGUAGGUAGCUUCAUGGAAAAAAAAAAAAAAAAAAGACAACUUGAAAGCUUAUAGACAAGCAGAGAGCACCAAUGCUUCUAAGUCCAAAAUGGAAGGCAUUAACCUGAAGGCCUACAUGAAGGCCUAAGAUAGGAUGGUGAGCCAACUGCAGAGAGGUUACGAGUCUCAGAACAGAAUAAAUGCAGAAUUAAAGUAUAAAAAAACAAAUAACAAAUGCUAGCCAAUUAAAUUUCAUGCCACUUAGGUUUCAUAGGUCAGGCUCCUGUCCUGGAUACCUACAUCCAUCUUUUCAGAAGUUGACCAGGUCUCACUUCCCCUUGUAAAUGCAGAAGAAAGGAGCACUGGUGAUAUCACCAGUACCGAACACCCCAGUAAUGGCAUAAACGUAUGUAUUAACUGAAGACAAACACUCUCUUUAGGCUGUAGGAUCACAGAAUCACACAGAAUGACCCAGGUUGGAAGGGACCUCAAGGAUCAUGAAGUUCCAACCCCCCUGCCUGGCAGGGCCACCAAACUUCCACAUUUACUAGAUCAGGUAGGAGCAGAAAGCAGUACCUGCAGGGACAAUUAUUUCUGACAUACCUGCUGUCCUGAAUGGUGGCUGCAUGAAGGACGAAUUCCCUAUUAUCACCUACAGCUGUGCAGCCAUGAAAGAGCCCCAUAAGAAAUUAACCUGAAAAAAGACCUUAGGAAAUAGCCUGGAAGUACAGCUUCUACAGGGAGCCCUGGAGCACAGGAACAGACUGCUGGCCAUCCAGGAAACUGCAGUGCUCACAAGGCUAGGGGAGGAAUUCUGAUCCUAAACAAGGUUGCAGAGAUAUGGUGUGAGACCUGCUGUCAGCUCUUCAGCCAUCUAGCUUUAUGUCCGCAGUGUUCAACUAGUGCCAUUUUUGACAUUCCUAGUGCAGCUAGAAAUCCUGUGAACCAGUGCUAUACUGCUCAGCUGUAACAUAAAGUUGUUCUAGGGUCACAGGCAACAACACCUAUUAGCCUCACUGUUAGAGAUUUUAGAAGUUCACAUGAUGCAUUAUCAGGAGAGUAAUUUUCUUCCAAUGGCUUGGAAAGAGUGGUUCCAACCUUUUGAUUACAUAAAAUGGAGAAGUGUUCUCUUCAUUAGUGCAGCUUCCUAAUAAGUUUCUACAAACAGUGUAAUUUACCUCUAUCCAGUCUGAGUAAGUAAUGUUCUUUUGAGAAUUUUACUUUUAAGUAUUUUUGAUCUCAUAACCAUUGCUUUACUUGGGCUGUUUCACCUGUGGAUUGCCAUUAGUGCAUCUCUUGUUUGUCAUUUAUAUUUCCUAGUUUUUUUUGACAGUAUAACAAACUUUGGUAUGUUUAAUACCUUUUCACCUUCCUUUACCUUAAGAACAUCAAGUUCUAACAUGUUGGUAGCUCUCUCAAAAAACAAAACUGAAAAAAACCAACACCCCAAAAACAAACAAUAAAGCAAAACCAAAAUUAGCAAAAUGGAACAAUUUAAAUCUUUGUUAUUAGAAGAGAGUAAUCUGGGUUUUAACAACACUACCAGACAAGUGACCAUUAGCAAAAAUUCUCUUUGCAGUGCAUCCCUUGUUGCUGCUUUUAACAACACAUUGAGCUAAGCGUUAUAUUUAGGGAAACAGAGCCAUAUCCUUCCAAGCUUCCAUUGCUACAUCUCUUUUUUGCUCGUCUUUUAAUUAUGCAAAUGUUACUGAUUCUCAGGGUCAGUCCCGGAACUGAGCUUUUUUAAGUUGCAAUUUUGUUCUAAUGGCUGUUUCAAACAACCUUGCAGUCUUAAAAUAUGCACGUAAGGACAGAUCCAGUGUUGGAAGUGUUACUGUCAUCUGAAUUAAACAUUGUGCAUGUUUACUCAAGUGCAAGAUUGGGCAAAUCGCUGUUCUUAUAUUCCCAGACCAUGUUAAGAUCUGACUGGGUUAUACAGUUUGUUUUGCUUACAUAGAAAAAGAAGGGGAUUGGAAGAGCAUCACUGAAGGUGGUGAUUCAGUGGUGGCUGGGAGGAAUGCUUCAGAAUGGCAGAGUAUCGUAUUUCCUCAUCACUGCACCAGUGUCAAUAUUCAAAUGUUAUUCAAGACUUCCUUAAACCCGAGUAGUUCAGAACGUUUUACUCAUUCACCUGAAAUGGUUAAUUAUGCUUCUAGAUGUUUCAAACAUAUCAAUUUGAGCCAUUUCUAGCGAUGCUCUUCCAUUCUCCUACAGUACUGUAGCAAACUUAAGGCGCUUACUCUGCUACUGGGUAACACAGAUUGUUCCUCACACCAGACCUGUCUUACCUUCUCAUGUAUGGCACUGUUCUUCACUUGUGGCUAAAUCUUUCUAUUCUAGUUGCCUAGUUAACACAUCAGCCUGAAAAAAGGUGGAGAGGGGUGUCUGUAAAAAGAUGCUUUUUCCUUCUGUGCCUGGAUUAAAUAAUGUUUAUCUUUGGCUCUUGUAGAAGCAUAAAAUAUUACACAAAUAAAUUAUAAAGAAUGUAAUACGA